UUUCAUCCUUACACGUCCAAACGGCAACAUAAGAAAAAUCGUACGGUGCGUUAUUUCGUGCGUUCAACAAAAUUAAUAAAAAACAGAAAAGAGAAAGUGCGUUUAUCGAAAAGUGUGUUUUUAAAUAAAAACUAAAAAGCAAAUCAAUCUGAACGAACUCAGUUACAAAAACUAAAGGACUUAAAAUUGAAAGAAAAUAUUUGUUGUAAAUAAAAGACAAGACAAAAAGUGCUUACAAAAAUGUCGCAUAAAAAAGUAAUUUUUGGUGUUCUGUGUUUGGUUGCUAUUUCUACCGCUCUCCCCGCUGAGGAAACUCGCGGUCAUGCCCGCAACGCAGUUGGCAGUGAUAACGAUAUUAUGGAUAGUAUCUACAGCGAUUGCUUGCGCAAGGAUUCAGUAUCAUGUGUGAAAUACAAAUUAUUCAAUUUUGUCGAUAAGGUGCUUGCCGUACGCGAUCAGUUUGCUUUAACUGAAGGUGUGACAGUAGUGCGUUCACCAGAUGCACCAGCUGGUAGUGAAGCAGCUCGUUCCAUUUCUGGUGAUGAAUCGUUCGAAUCAUUGGCAUUGAAUCGCAUUUCUGGUUUCUUGAAUACGCAUACCAUCAAGGUCGAAUUGAAGGGUGCUGAUAUUGUGCAAGCUGUCAGCUCAACUGGACGUGCAUUAGAAGAUGUAUCAGAAUCUUUGUUCGGUGGUUCUGAUGAUCCAAAUGCACCUGAAGAAAGCCGUGGUAAGAAGAAGAAGGCUGCUAAAAUCUUAGGCCCAAUUCUCGCUUUGGUUGCUUUGAAGGCUGCUGCUCUAUUGCCACUCUUAUUGGGUGCCAUCGCUUUGAUUGCUGGUAAGGCUUUGUUGAUCGGUAAGAUUGCUUUGGUUCUCUCCGCAGUUAUUGGUCUUAAGAAGCUGUUGUCGCAAGAGAAACAUGUAACAUAUGAAGUUGUUGCACAUCCACACCACAGUUCAAGCCAUUCAGUCAGUCAUGACUCAUAUGGCAGUGGUUACAGUGCCGAUGCUGGUUCAUCUGCCUCAUACGGUAGCUCCGGUCAUGGUGGUUGGGGACGCGCUUUGGACGCUCAAGAAUUGGCUUAUGCUGCACAAAAGCCAAAAGCAUAAUUCUUUUUAUUCAAUAAUAAAACAACGCAGACUCUUUCAACCGCAACCCAACGACUUUGAUACGAUAAGGACGUGAGGACAAUUAACGACUUGAAGUUGCUGCAGCCAUGUUGUGCGUAUUUUUAGCGUAGCAUAGUUUUAGGCAACGAAUCGACUUAUUUAUUUGAAUUCAAAUUAAUGUCUUAAAUUUAUUUAAUUUAUUUAUUUAAUUUAUUUUUACAACAUCACAUCAUCAACUAGUAAUGCAAAUUGCAUA